CGGCUAGGAGGACUGGGGUGGGAGAUGACUGUGAAUUCCUCCCUGCUUGGCCCACCGCAAGCACCGACUCCCUUCUCCCCGCGGCCCCGGGGCUGCAGACGUAGCAGAUAUCUGGUUGGAGUUGGAAGGUGAAAGAAAAUGAAUUCUUUUUCCAAUUUACCUGCAGAGAACUUAACUUUGGCAACCAAUAUGACCAAGACAUUGUCCUCCACAGUAGCACAUGGAUUUAAUUCCACUGGUGACACACCUUCAAUGUCAAUAACAAGGCUUUUCCCAGCCUUACUAGAAUGCUUUGGCAUAGUCCUUUGCGGCUACAUAGCAGGAAGGGCCAACGUUAUAACAUCCACACAAGCCAAAGGAUUGGGAAAUUUUGUCUCCAGAUUUGCACUUCCAGCUUUGUUAUUCAAAAACAUGGUUGUACUUAAUUUUUCCAAUGUAGACUGGUCUUUUCUAUAUAGUAUUUUAAUUGCCAAAGCCUCUGUAUUUUUCAUUGUGUGCGUAUUGACCUUAUUGGUUGCCAGUCCUGAUAGUCGGUUUAGCAAAGCUGGACUAUUCCCUAUUUUUGCUACACAAAGUAAUGACUUUGCUUUGGGAUAUCCAAUAGUUGAAGCUUUGUAUCAAACUACAUAUCCAGAAUAUCUCCAGUAUAUUUAUUUGGUGGCACCAGUAUCUCUUAUGAUGUUAAACCCUAUAGGGUUUAUCUUCUGUGAAAUCCAGAAGUGGAAAGACACUCAAAAUGCUUCUCAAAACAAAGUAAAAAUCGUGGGACUUGGACUUCUGCGUGUAUUACAGAACCCAAUAGUAUUUAUGGUCUUCAUUGGCAUAGCCUUCAAUUUUAUUCUUGAUCAAACGGUGCCCGUAUAUAUGGAAAAUUUUCUUGAUGGACUUGCAAAUUCUUUUUCUGGAGCAGCCCUAUUUUAUCUUGGUCUGACAAUGGUAGGAAAAAUAAAGAAACUAAAGAAGUCAGCAUUUGUGGUCCUGAUUCUUCUCAUCACAGCGAAACUCCUGGUGCUGCCACUUCUAUGCAGAGAAAUGGUGGAACUCUUGGACAAGGGCGACAGUGUAGUGAACCAUACAAGUUUAUCGAAUUAUGCAUUCUUGUAUGGUGUCUUUCCUGUAGCGCCAGGAGUGGCUAUCUUUGCAACACAGUUCAACAUGGAAGUAGAGAUUAUAACCUCAGGAAUGGUAAUAAGCACAUUUGUGUCUGCUCCAAUCAUGUAUGUUUCUGCCUGGUUACUGACCUUCCCCACUAUGGACCCUAAGCCUUUGGCAUAUGCCAUCCAGAAUGUUAGUUUUGAUAUAAGUAUUAUCAGCCUGGUCUCCUUGAUCUGGUCUUUGGCUAUCCUUCUCUUGAGUAAGAAAUACAAACAGCUUCCCCAUAUGCUUACAACCAAUUUACUUAUUGCACAGUCUAUUGUUUGUGCUGGAAUGAUGAUAUGGAAUUUUGUUAAAGAAAAAAAUUUUGUUGGACAAAUCCUAGUGUUUGUUCUCUUGUACAGCUCCCUCUACAGCACCUACCUAUGGACAGGUCUUCUAGCAAUUUCUUUGUUUCUUUUGAAAAAAAGAGAGAGGGUACAAAUUCCUGUUGGAAUCAUUAUAAUAUCUGGCUGGGGAAUUCCUGCUCUCCUUGUUGGUGUUCUUUUGAUAACAGGGAAACAUAAUGGAGAGAGCAUUGACUCUGCUUUUUUUUAUGGAAAAGAGCAGAUGAUUAUCACGGCCGUCACCCUGUUCUGCAGCAUCGUUAUAGCCGGUGUGUCACUCAUGUGCAUGAACCGCACCACCCAGGCAGGGAGCUAUGAAGGAUUUGACCAGUCUCAGAACCACAAAGAAGCAGAGCCUGGAGAUACUGCUUUUGAGGAGAAUCCUGUGCCAAUAAGCGAACCUGAACCUUUUACAAGUUCUAUCCCAGAAACAAGUUGUUGUUCUUGCUCCAUGGGAAAUGGUGACUUGCACUGCCAGUCCACAGAGCCAGCAGCAAACACAAGCACCAGUGGGCCUGAGAUUCCUUCCUUUGAUAAAAAUGAUCAUUGUGUGAGUCGCUGUAACUCCCAGAGCUGUAUAUUAGCCCAGGAAGAAGAACAGUAUCUACAGAGUGGAGACCCACAACUGACUCGACAUGUGUUGCUGUGUUUACUUCUCAUUAUUGGCCUGUUUGCUAAUCUUUCCAGUUGUUUAUGGUGGCUAUUCAACCAAGAGCCUGGAAGACUGUAUGUUGAGUUACAGUUUUUCUGUGCUGUGUUUAACUUUGGCCAGGGAUUUAUAUCCUUUGGAAUCUUUGGAUUGGACAAACAUUUAAUCAUCCUACCUUUUAAAAGAAGACUUGAAUUCUUAUGGACCAAUAAAGAAACAGCAGAAAACAGGAAUUCUCCUGUUCCAGAAGAAAUAAAAAUGACUUGUCAACAGUUUAUCCACUAUCACCGUGACCUCUGUAUCCAGAACAUUGUCAAGGAAAGGAGGUGUGGUGCAAAGACUUCUACCGGGACCUUCUGUGGCUGUGAUCUGGUGAACUGGCUGAUUGAAGUUGGUCUUGCUUCUGACCGUGGUGAAGCUGUCAUAUAUGGAGACAGACUGAUGCAAGGGGGAGUCAUCCAACAUAUCACCAAUGAGUAUGAAUUUCGGGAUGAGUAUUUGUUUUAUAGAUUUCUUCAAAAGAGUCCUGAACAGAGUCCUCCUGUUGUUAAUGCAAGCUCUCCCCAACAAGAAAGAUACAAAGAUAUUGAACAUUCAUAUCCAUCUCCUAAGACCUAAAUUACGAGAAACACAUAUGGAGUCUUCUUCUAGGCCUAGAUGUUACACACGGACUGUAUGACAAGGCACAAUCUUUCUGAGCCUAUCACUUCCUCUAUAAAAUUUAAUGUGUUCCCACCCCAUGAUAACACUAUGUGACUUUAUAUUAUGUAACUGACUUAGCAAAACAAGAAAACCAAACCAUAAUUUAGUUUGAUGAUGAAUACCAUUACUGUUGAUUAAUUAUAGCAACAUUUGAAAACAUUUCUUCCAACAAUAUUUUGCAAUAAUUUUAAAAUCAACAUCCAAUUUACUGUUCCUUUAAAUUGCCAAAUUUGGGUAGAUUGUCUUGCUGGUGGGGAAUGGAUCUUAAAUUACAUCAUUUGCACUUAUUGAUGGCACCUCCUAAAACAAGAAAUUUUAAUGAUUCUUCUAAGAGGCCUUAUUAUUCUAUUUUUCUCAUUUUCUUGACAAAAACACUCAUUAAAACUUGAAGCACUUUUUCUAAAACUCAUCUUUUCUUGCUUUUCUAUCCAAAGUACUAAUCUGUGCCAUUAGAAUAAGAACCUCCAUAAAUAUUACUAUCUGCAAAAACAAUUGACUGAAGUAUAAUCUUUAACUUUUGUACAACACAUAAUUUGAACAGAUGCAUUUAGAUUUUAUCAACAAAAUUAUUGCCAUGUGAUGUAUCAUUUCUGAUGUUUAUACAAAGUCAUAGUGCAGGAAGAUAACUGUAUUAGUGUAUUCCCUGUAGUUUAAAAGAAAAAUAUAUCUUCAAGCCAGGAUUCUUAAAUUCUAAGCCCAAUAUCACAUUUUCACAUUAAAAAUCUAAUUUUUUUAAGUACUCGUGUAUAAAAAUCUAUAAACUUGAAAAUUACUAAAUAUUGCCCUCAGAUAAACUUUAUCUUUAAUAAGCUACAAAGAGAUCUAUUUAUAUGGCUUUUGAAAACUUCAUUUAACAACUGGGUGUCAGUAAUAACUUAUUUUAAACAUGUUUCAAAUAUUUGUCUCAUAUGUAAAAACCAUUUAGAAAAUAAUUUAUAGGGUUAGGUGAUUCUUCUUUUAAUGUCAAAAAAAAAAAAAAAAACCUGCAUGGAAACCUAGUGCACUUAACAAGCCAAUUACACUUUACUGAAUAAUAUUAACCUAUACCAAUUUUAAGUUGUGAAGAGAAUGGGGAUGUUUUUCAGCAGAACUGUCUUGCUAUCGUAUUUUCUUUUUAAUAUGACCACUUUGUAACUGAAUUCUCAGGAUUAAGGAUAAAGCAUAAAACAUAAUUGUAUUUUCAGAUACAGCAAUUCAGAUAUUAAUUCACAUGCAUGCAAUUCAAGUGGAAAAUGUUUUGUUUGUGAACAAAUCAUAAUACACAUUCUGUCAUUUGCAUGAUGGGAAUCUGCGGCAUCUUUUUCCUUGGAAACACUCAAAAGAAAAUCCUGGAUCAGAACAAUCUGCAGUUUCAGAUAAUGGAGGCUUUUAAGAUGUUUUUAGAAGGAUGUGCUAAUUUUGUUAUAUAAAAAUAUUUGUAACUUUUACUCCAUACUGACAAGGUUCUCAAUAAAGUACCUAUUUUAA